UAAAUUCCUCCGAUGGGGUAAAUAACGUUCUCCACUCAAAAGCCCUAAUCUUUAUUCCUCUCGUCGCUCGCAACUCUCAAAGCUCGUACCUUUCCCUUUUCCUCAAAUUUUCCCGAGAAAAUCCGAUCCCGAACAUAAUGGGUUCGAAGUCGAAUCCCGGCCAUCCUCACUCAGGCGACGGCGCCAGCCCUGGAAAGAUCUUCAUUGGUGGAUUAGCAAAAGACACUACAUAUGCUACGUUUACCAAGCACUUUGGGAAAUAUGGAGAGAUAGUGGACUCAGUGAUAAUGAAAGAUCGCUUCACGGGUACGCCUAGGGGCUUUGGGUUUAUAACCUACGCUGAUCCAUCAGUUGUUGAUACAGUUAUUGAGGAAACUCAUGUUAUCAAUGGAAAGGAGGUUGAGAUCAAGAGAACCAUUCCGAAAGGUCAAGGGCAAUCAAAGGAUUUUAGGACAAAGAAGAUAUUUGUGGGUGGCAUUCCAUCAUCAGUCUCUGAGGAUGAGUUGAAAAGUUUCUUCUCUGAGUAUGGGAAAGUGGUAGAACACCAGAUCAUACGAGAUCAUGAGACCAAUCGAUCUCGAGGCUUUGGGUUUGUAAUUUUUGACAAUGAGGAAGUUGUUGAUGAAUUAUUAUCUAAAGGAAACAUGAUUGAUAUGGCGGGUACCCAGGUGGAGAUCAAGAAAGCUGAACCAAAGAAAGCCUCAAAUCCACCAUCUGCUCCUGCAUAUGGUAGCAAUUCUAGGGCUCGUUCUUUUAAUGAUGGCUUUGGUGGAUAUGGCAGUUCUUAUGGUGGUUUUGAUGGAGGGUUUGGCCCUGGACCCUAUAGGACACCAGGUGGUCUUGGUGGUAGAUAUGGUGGUGGUUAUGGCUACGGUUAUGGUAGUGAUAGUGGGGAAUUUGGCAGUGGUUAUGGGAGUUUUGGCAGCAGUAGCUUAGGUGGCUAUCGUGGUGAGUCUUCUCUUGGUUAUUCUAGCCGCUUUGGACCAUAUGGUGGUGGUUAUGGUGGGGGCUAUGGUGCGAGUGGUUUAGGUGGUUAUGGCCGAGGCGGUGAAGGCUAUGGAAGUUAUGGAGGUUCAAACUAUGGUGGUGGUGGCUAUGACUCUUAUCCUGGUGCUACUUAUGGUGGAGGAGCAGGUGGACCAUAUGGAAGGGGGGGAUAUAGUAGCAGUAGUCGGUACCACCCCUAUGGAAGGUAGAAAUAGACGGCGAUAGCCGCUACCAUCCCUAUGCAGGAUAGUGAUGAAGGAUUUCCGAUGCAUUUGCUUAAGCUUUUCCCUAGAAGUUUCACACAGGUUGCUUAGAUUUGUGUCUGGCACUCAGUUAGGCACUUUCUUGGAACCGCUAGAGGCUCCCUAUCGUUGCAGUUUGGGAAACUUUUAUGGCCAGAAGAGUUUAUUAGUCGAUUUCUAUAUUGUAUGGUGUAGAAAAACUAUGUAGAUUGAAACACUUGGUGUCUGCUACAACGUCUUGUAGUGUCAUUUUGAUUUAGUAUGUUGUAGACUAUAGUAUCGUAUUAUGGAGUUUAUUACAGUAUAAUUAGUUAUCUA